AUGUCAGAAGCCAAACAUCCGCUUCGAUCAAGUCUCCCCUCGCUCCAAUCUUCACAGCACGAACGAGAUGAAGAAGAACUGCGAAAUAUUAUUUACGACUUAGAUCAAAGCAUCCUCGUUAACAAAAACCUGCUUAAAGAUGUAGUUUCUACCCUAGUCCCUCAAAAAAGUAAAGAGCAUUCCAAUGACACUCAAGUCACUCAUUUAAUUUCCAGUAAAAUUCAUGAUAAGCUCCUAGUGGAAAAUUCAAGAAUAUUGCAGGCUAUUGAGAGAAUAAAGCUGGAAAUAGAAACUGCAAAUAGCAACAUUCAAAGUUUUGAAGAAAAAUCAGCACAAAGCAGAAACAGGAGGAAGGAGUAUCAAAAAAGGAUACAAGAAGAAGCCAAAAAAAUGAGGCAAACACUUCAUAAUAAAGAAGACGAAAUACAAAGAUUGGAAGAAUAUAGAAGCAGAAUUGAUGAAGAUAUAGAAGAAAGCCAACAAGAAGAGCAAGUAACUCCUGAUAAAAUUAUUGAAGAAGGGAAAAAAUUGGUUAAUAAAUUAAGCAAGCAGCUUAAACAGGCUGAAGAACAAAGGGAUAUUGAAGUCAGAAAAUGCAAAGAUUUCGAGGAAGACAUAAAAAAAAUCCAGGGAUUAGUAAAAGUUGCAAUGCCAGCAGGAAUUGAUAUGACAAAUGAAACGUUAAAAAAAGACUAUGGACUUGGUUUAAAUUAUGAGAAUUAUUGGUUUGACUGUGAAAUGGGUGGAGAAUCGAUCGACACUAUUCAGUCAUCAAAUCUGACGAUAGAAGAUAAUAUUUUUCCUAAUAAAGUGGAUUUUGCUAGCAAAAAUAAGCAUUAUCUACCGAAAUUGAACUUAUCAGUGGUAAGUCAAGGGGCUUCGCCAGAGAGAAAGCAGUCACCAAGGGUAGAGCUGAGUAAGCUAGAGCUGGCAUUGCAGAUCAAGUGUGAAGAAAUCAAUUCUUUACAGAGAAUACUUAGUCACCUCGAAGCUCAAGAAUAUUAUUUGAGUAAAGUGACCAAUAAGACUGAUAUUAAAUUGUAA